CUACUAACUUCUAACUAAACAGCUUGGCCCGGCGGGAAUCAACACGGGUUGACCCAAUACAUGAAUUCGACCCGAAAAAAUGAUUGGUAUUCUUAGCAGAGAAGGAAAAGAGAAACUGUGUAGAAGACCGAUUGAAAACGACCCUUCCUAUUUUGUGGACAAACAAAAUGCAGUAUACCAGAAGUUUCUUCUGAAUUUUUCUAACAUUUUUUUUUUCCAUUUUUCUAUGUGAUUUCCACUGUAUUUCAUUGUUUUUGAGUUGUAAAAAAUUGAACUGAAUUUUGAGAAAGAGGAAAUCAGAAAAUGAUGAUAUCUUUUCAAGGUCUUUCAAAGCAGAAAUCUCCACAGAAAAUGAGGUCUUGUUGCUCUGAAGUGGAGGAAGGGUGGAAGGCGGUCGUUGGGAUUGAAGAGUAUGAGGUGAUGGGGUAGAGGAAUAAAGGGGAGAUGAGAGUGAGUGAACUGUGGUUUGAGAGAGGUUGCCGUAGUAGUAAAGGAAGCAUUGAAAAGGUGGAGCAUAGAGGAAAUGGUUGCAGCUCAAAUUUGACAUAUGUUCUUAUCUCUCGCCAAGACUGAAUGGACAAUGCCUGAGCAUACAGCUGAUCUGAUGAGCUGUUGGAUCAGAAGAGGGGGGCGCAAGAGUCAGAAGAAGUGGUGGAGGAUAAUCCCAUCAUGCAUAUGGUGGUCAGUGUGGAAGGAGAGAAAUAGGAGAUGCUUUGAAGACAAAUCAAAGUCCAUCCAUGUUGUGAAAGGGAACUGUCUAUCCACACUGUUUUUUUGGUAUAAAGGAAAUUGUAUAGAGGAAAUAGAAGAUCUUAUAGAUUUCAUUGGAUCUCUCUAAUCUAGAUUCUACUUUUACUUCCCUUGUAACACUUUUGGAGGUAGCCAGCAUUCCUUAAUGCUGAGGAACAUAGUACCUUUUAUCAAAAAAAAAAUUUUUAAAAAUUGUUUGCCUUUUAGACUAUAGCUGUAUGGUUCUAUUGACACCAGAAUUUGAUUUGAAUUAAUUUUUCCGUGCUAAUGUUGACAGGUUCUAUUUGAAAACGCAUUGCCAGCGUGUGAUCCUGGCACCCUGGAGCAAUUAAAAGAGUUGAGCUCCAGAAGGAGAGCUAUCGAAUCCAUCAACCAGAAUAGCUUUGUGACAGAGGCCAUUGCUAGGGAAAUGUCUGGGGGAUUGACUUCUCGAUGUGAACAGAAUAUACAGAAGGUAGAACAAUAUUUACCACUUUUGGGGAACUUGAUGCACCAUGUAAAUAUAGUUGGUGACAAUCCUAAGAUGGUUCGAUGGAUUUCUGACCUAAAGAUUAGGUGGAGCAGCGCUCUCACUCCAUCCUCCUUUUUCCAACUUAACGGUCCAAAACUUUAUCAAAUGGAUAAUUUGCAUUUUGAACUUGGGAUGACACUUUUUGUUCUUGGUGCAUUGCUUCGAGAUCAAGCUCUGGAAGUUCUGUCAACAGAUUUAGUCCAAUCUGCCUCCAUUCUCAGAAAAGCUGCAGGAGUUUACCAACAUCUAGCUCAGGAUGUCCUUCCGUGUUUACAGCGUGCGUUGGCACCAGAAAGCCCACCAGAAGCUCUAAUGAGUGUUUCUGCUGCAACUGCCCUUGUUUGUUUAGCUGAGGCACAGGCUGUGACGGUGAAGAAGGCGGAGCAAAAAGGGAAUACUGGAGGACUUUUGGCGAAGCUGCACUAUGGUGUUUGUGAAUUUCUUAAUGAAGCUAUUCAUAUCUUGCAUUCAGCCACCAAGCAGUGCAAAGACAUUUCAUCUUUAACGGAUUAUAUUACGACUUGUAAAAUGCUGCAUGAGUUACUCAGUUACAAGUAUCUUGCGGAGAGUCUAAAGAUUGAGGGGCAAAUAGGCUUUGCUAUUGGAGUUCUUCUUCAUGUGAUACAAAGUUCAGAAAAACAUACACCAAGAGAAGAGUCAUGGAGAAUAGUUUAUAAGCAAGUGAUUGAUGACUUGACUGUGCUGCUCCUGAAGUAUGAGCACGAGAAUGAGUUUGUGUGGCAUGAGAAAAUUCCGAUGCAGGAUGAGUUGCCUGUACCUCAAGGUGUCAAGAUUGUUAGUUCCAUACCUUAUCAACCACAAAGGUGGGAAAGAACACUUGUUUUCAAAAUGUAAAAGUAAAUUUUCUUUUGUUGAGAGGACUACAAAGUCCAUUUGAGUGUUUUGAAAAGGUGAAAUAUUAUUCUUAAAGCAUUUUUCUUGAGUGUAGAUUCCCAAAUUUUUGUGCAAUUUACUUGAAGCCGUAAUAAAUGACAUAAUAGACACGGCUAAUUGUCCAAAGAUAAAUGUAUUACACAUGUACUAUAAAAAAGAAUGAUCUCUUAUGAUCACAUA